UCUAGAAACUGAAGGUGCCGAAAUUACUGAUGAGGAAAUAAUUAGCUGUGUAAGACCUACAAUACUUGAAACGGAACCAGAAGGAGAAGAAGUUCCACAAAUGAUUACUACAACAGAAGUAUUAGAGUCUUUAGAUACAGUGAUUUCUUAUAUUAAAAAUCCACCUCAAAACCUUGUUUUUGAAUUAAAACACAUUAAUUCAAUUAAUGCAAUCAAAAAUCAAAUAGGUAAACACGAAAUUAAUUCAAGAAGACAAGCCACAUUGGAAACAUGGUUUAAAAAAUCAUCAUAA